CUCACUUAACCUACCCUGCCUGACUCUCCAGAACGAUUACCGUUCUUCAUCCCGUGCACAUUGAACCGCAACCACAGCACGACAAACCUUUCACCUUCCAUCACCUUCCAAUCCGACAAAUACCUCUCGAUUUCCUGACGUCACUGGCACGAUGCCCACCACCCGCAGAUCCUCCCGUUCGUCUACGGGCGCCUCGGGGAAGCAAUCGACUCUCAGCUUCAAGCACAAGGUGACCAAGGCUAUCAGGACGGGCAAAGAAGAAUACAAGUCCCCUUCGCGCACGAAAGAGUACAUUCCCAAGCCAUCACCCGAGCCCGCCAGCAGCAAGGACACCAAGCAGAACGCCGGCGGCGACGAUGACGACGAUGCAUCGCAAGUCCAAACCCCAACGACUAGCGCCUCUACCGACGAUGAGCAGAAACAGCAGCAGCAUGAUCGCCCGCUGCGCCAAAUCGAGCAGCAGGCGCAGCCUGCACUAGCCCAGGUCAAGUCCGAGGACGAGCUCAAGGCCGAGGAGAUCACCGAUCGUGCGAUCGAGCGCUACUGGGCCGGGAUUGAGGCCGGUCGCAUGGCGAAGGCGGUACACAAGAAGCAUGGCGAGGGCCUGAGCACGGGGGAGAAGGUGCUGCGGUAUUUCGACGUUAGUUCGCAGUAUGGGCCAUGCAUCGGCAUCGCACGCAUCAAGCGCUGGCAGCGGGCGCAAAGGCUUGGGCUGAACCCGCCGAUUGAGGUGCUGGCAGUGUUGCUGAAGGAGGAGGCCAGGGGGAAUAGCGGGAUUGAGACGGCACAUAUGGACGAGCUGUUGAACUCGACUGCUGUUGGCUCGGUGGGCGUUUGAGCAGCGGACGGGCAAGCGUUUUGUAAGCUGUAUGAUGAUGAUGGUUCGGGCGAUGGAGUUAUGGAGUUGGGACGGGCACCGAUUUGUCUAUCUUGCUUUUGCUCUAUUGCGGGAGGUUUGUCUAGAUCUAUCUGGAUCGGGCACACUGGCAACUGGCUAUCGACGGGUUGACUCUGGAAUACUGCGGACUUGGUUCAGUACCAGAUACUCCUCGUCCUAUGAUGGGGAACGGUUUCCUGCCCUGCGGCUUCCAUCUCCUUUAUUGUGUCGUAGAGGAAGAAGUCGAUGAGGAUGGCGUUUAGCCGACAAUCGGGAUUCUGUUUGACGAUCUCCCUGCGGAU